GAGCCGUCAAGAUGCAGUUCAAGCUUCUCUCCAUCUUCGCCGCCGCUCUGACGGUCCAGGCCAUGUCCUCCACUCAGCAAGGCCAGGCCAUGCAGCAGAGCGAGCAGAGCCAGCAGGUCCACCAGCUGGAACAGCUUACCCACGACAUCGUGGCUCAGCAUGUGGCAGAGUUCCGCGAGCUUGAUAUCGGCGGCGCUGGACUCAACGCUACUGCCGUCACAUCAACGCUGAACAGCGUCAGCGACGCGAUCGCCAUCACCGGAAACAUCGUCAGCAAUAUCUCUUCCACCACUAUUGCUCAGCAGUUUCCUGCCCUCGUCAACGGCCUGAGCGCCCUGGCUGGUAACGUGGUUACCAACAGUGGCAACAUCGUCACCACCCCAGUCACCUCGACCUUUAACCAGACAGACCAGCAGAGCGUUUACACCGCUUUCGCCAACCUCGCUCAAGUCAACGACCAGUUCGUCAGGAGUUUGAUCGGUCCGACCGGUGUUGUUUCCAGCUCCCUCCUCCGCGGCCCCAUCGCCGUCGUCCUCAACCUGAUUGAGAGGAGCAUCGUCAACCUGGCCGGUGCCACGAUAGCCCGUAUACCCGCUUACGCCCAGCAGGCCCAGGGCCAGCUGAACACCAUCCACGCCGAUCUGGCUCUAACCGCCAAGGUCUCAGCCUAA